AUUGUAAAAUUGCGUAUGGAGAUUCUAAAAUUUUUAAUCUAAUCGUCAAUGCAGUUCUUAUUUGAAAUUCUAUCUACCUUCUACAAGUUGGGUGUUUUUGGGACGAACUUUCACAAAGCUGAAGAUGCCAUCUUGGGAAUCGGAAACUUAAAAAAAAGGCAACUGGAGCCUGCUGGGGAAUUUCUGUCGAAGUCAACAACGGGAUUCGCAGUCACGGGGAGAUCAUGCAAACAUGCAGGUCCGGCAUUGAACCCGCGACCUCAGAACUUUGUUUCCCAGUUGCCCCACCGUGCCGCUCAGAUGAAAAUCUAAAUGCUUUUAAAGCAUCUUAAAAGCAAAUAUUGAAAAUUGAGGACUCGAGAUGAAUUGGGAUGUCAACAGAGUUGGUUAAAUAAAUCUCUGACACGUCUCUCUCACUUCGCCACGCAAGAACCACUCUGACCGAACCGAUUAACGCAUCCGUGCGAACGCACGACAAACUGUUCCAAACAGGCCGUGCGUGAGGAUGUCGACGCGAUGCACUCUGGGACUUGUAGUAGUUAGGGCGUCAAGCCUCCGGGUUCGAAAUAAAUGCAUUUACGUCACAUGAGAACGAUGACCCGGGGGGGGUUUAUAAGAACUGAGAAAUGGUGAGAAAGGUGCACACAAUCGCACACGACGACCUCCGCUUCAUUGUUCUCAGCGUCCAGGUUCAACACAGAGAUGCCGGCUAACCUGCUGCUGCCCGUCGCGGUGGUCUCCGCUCUGGUGCUCUGCAUCCCCACGGAGGCGUGGUACAAGCAAGUGGCCGCUCCGAGCUACCACUCGGUGGGCAGGGCGUCCGGCUUGCUGUCCGGUUUCCGGAGGUCACCGUACGUCCGGAGAGGAGUUGACGCGGAGCCGCCGGAAAGUUUGUUUCCUGAAACAGAAGCGCCGCGUUUUAGCCUGAAGACGAGGCCCACCUGUAUACGACACAUCGCGCCAAACCUGUUGAGUUGUCAACUCUCCCCCGCCGACAAGAUGACCUUCAAGUGCAACGCGGACAUCUUCCUUUCUCUGGACUUAGCAGACUGUGUGGAGGACUGAGCAGUAUUUAUUUAUUUUUUUAAUCUAUUUAUUUUCUGGCUCAAUUUUAUGAAAUACAAAUUAUGCAUUUCAAUGUGUACGUUUGUUUUAAAUCAGCGAGCUGUAGAAUUUUCCGCUUAAAAAAAAAAAAAAAAAAAAAUCACCUAGCAAAAAUGUUUUACCAUCUUAAACUCUUGCCAUUAUCCUUGUGUUCCUAAAUUACAGCCGAAGCCAAAUAAAACUACUCUUCCUUUCA